AUACGAGCGGGUCGGCCGGCCAUGUUGAUAAUCUGAGGUAGUGGUAGUGUGAGGAGCUCUUCGUGAGACUUUGUGACUGUAUGACGGAUUUUUGCUCUGAAAAGUGAUAAGUGGACUAUAAAUUGCGCCUAAUAUGCAAGCGGGGCCUCCGUGACGGGAAUAAUGUCGCAAAGCAGCGUACACGGCAACCUGGACGAAGAAUGGUGCUCCAAUGAGGAAGAGUUGAGCGACGAGUACGAGAUAGACGAGUCGUCCGUGGACGACGACCAUCCGUCUUCGACUUCAGGUCCCAGAAUCAAGAAGCACGUCAACAAGGGGCGCUGGACCAAGGAGGAGGACGAGAAGCUGAAGGGUCUGGUGGAGGCCCACGGAGAAAGGUGGGAGGUGAUCGCAGCGUGUUUCCCCGACAGGAACGACGUCCAGUGCCAGCAGCGUUGGCAGAAGGUCGUCAAUCCCGAGCUGGUCAAGGGGCCUUGGACCAAAGAGGAAGAUGAAAAGGUGAUUGAGCUGGUUAAGAAGUAUGGCAAAAAGAGGUGGACUUUGAUUGCCAAGCAUCUCAAGGGUCGGAUUGGUAAGCAGUGUCGUGAACGAUGGCACAACCAUCUUAACCCAGCUAUCAAAAAGUGUGCCUGGACUGACGAGGAAGACCGUAUCAUAUACGAGGCACACAAGCAGUGGGGCAAUCAGUGGGCAAAAAGCAAGCUCAUUCCUGGAAGAACGGACAACGCCAUUAAAAACCAUUGGAAUUCCACAAUGCGACGAAAGUACGAGGCAGAGAUGACAGCAUCAGGGCGGAAGAAGCAGCGAGGAGGAAGACACAGUUCUGGCCAGACUCCUCCAAUCAUAGCUUCUCCGGUUCCACCACCCCCGCAGUACUCGCAUGAGUUUCACCACAGAUCAGAUGUUAUGGGCCCACCCAUAGGUCACAACCACAUUUCUCCGCAAGGUCCUGCGGGAUCAGCAUCACACUUGUAUCCUUCUUCUGGUGUUUUCAAUGGAGGCCCUCCCCAGCACCAGGAGCUGAAAUUCCAUGGACAUACUCCACAUUAUGAUAUCCCACCUGCAAUGCAUACCCCCAUCCCUGUGAACAACACUUCUCCAUAUGGCCAAGAGGCCUAUUCUCAGAACUACUGGGAACAGAAUAGCCCAUACAAUGGGAACUACGGUACUAUUUUGCCCCCUGCAACUUCCACACACCAUCAAGCCACUGCGUCACCAGCACAGGGCUCGAUCAUGAAGUCUGUGGGUACACCAAUACCUGCUCAGGUGAGCACUACAACACCAACACCACCACAUGGUGGUCCCACACCACCCUUAAGCCAGUACAAUCAGUUCCAGUCUCAACCUCCGUUGUCUGUCUCAUCAUCUACAUCACUGAGCCCUCCUCUGAACCAAGGUUUCCUUCUGUCUCCUGAUAAGACAAGCAUAUACCAUGAUCUGGGUAUAAUAUCACCUCUCAAAUACCUUGAUGAACUUGGUUCUUUGUCUCCUCUGAGGCCUGACCGAGGGUUAGAAGCUUUCAAAGCUGGAUUGGACAUGGGUGCUUUUGAGUUGCUGACAUGCAGUCCUGUAAAGAUUAAGCAAGAAUUGAUUUCGGAACUACUGAGUCCACAGUCCAUCAAAGUGGAGGGUAGCCCUCCCUCCUCUGAAACACCUAUUGUGGUACCUAGCCUGACAAGUGUGAGUUUGAUUAGUACUACAGCUACAUCAACAAUCGUGUCGGCUCCAGCUACACUCAAUCAGAGUUGUAACAGUGUCCAAAACGUUUCCUUUUCGUCUCUUAACUCGUCACGCCUUUCAACACCACCUAUCCUAAGGCGAGGCAGACGAAAACAAGGGUCUCCUACCAAGAGACAUGUGACCAUAGUGGAUCCAAAUGAGAGUCUACUUACAACCCCUCAAAAGAUGACACCAGUCAAGAUGGUAGCUUUUAGUCCGUCACAGUUCCUGAACAGUCCAAAUUUGUCUUUUGAAGACAACAAUAAUUUGACAUCUACACCUGUAUUAGGUUCCAUACCAGCAUCUCAGUCGACACCCGUCCAAUCUCUUUCGGUUACUCAGCCUCAGAAUCAUCACACAUCUACACCCAGUGAUGCCACUGGUCAACCUCGUACUCCUAAGUCUAGACGGGCGUUAAUUCAGCCUACUCCAAAGACUCCCACACCAUUGAAGAAUGCUCUUCGUGAAAUAGAGAAAAAGAGCGGACCAUUAAAGCACUUGCCUCAAACACCAACACAUUUGGAGGACAUAACAGAGAUCAUUCGCAAGGAUACAGAGAGAGACCAAAGCAAGUUUGAAACUCCUUCUGUCAAUAGUCAGAGCAUUAGAAACCAGUCAACUAUUUAUGACAGUGGUUAUGGCACAGUUAAGCGCAAAGCACCACCACCCUCAGGCAAAGAGAAUUCCCCUAGCAAGAAGGCACGUAAAGCCCUGGUCAAUACUUGGUCCACACCAGGAGACAUCCAGGUACCAGGGUUUUGCGCAGAACCAUUAACACUGAUGCCUGAAACACCGAGCAAAAGUUUAAUCGGAGAUUCUUCAGUUUUAUUCUCACCUCCUUCCAUAAUUCGUGAUACAUUACCAGAAGAAAAUCAUCCUUUAAAUUCUUCAUCACUACACACUGAGAAGUCAACUAAGAAGCUGAGAGAUGGUGAAAUUGGGUGCGUUAAGAGGAUAUCCUUCAACGAAGGCCAGACCAACAAGGCCAGUGUCUCAAAGUUGGAUGUUCGAUGGGAAAUGGUUGCGUGUGGAAAGACGGAGAAUCAGCGUCGUCUGACAGAACAAGCCCGGCAGUUUGUCACACAGAAUUCAAGCCUGAAACCCCGCUCCCUAAAUCUGUGAAUUUGGCCUCUGGUUUAUGAGAGUGACUGGGAGAUUAUUAUUGGUUUAUGAGGAGAUGACUGGGAGAUUAUUAUUGUACGCUUUAAAUAUUACAUUGUCUUACCCCAGUAUUUACAGUGUAAUUGCUUUUUAGAUAUUUUACUUUCUUAACUUGAGAACAAUAACUGGUCAAUAUUAAUUUUUCUGCUGUUAUAAGUUUAUCGUAACUCCCAUGAACAUUUCCUCGGUAAUGCAUAAGGCAGUCUGAACUUGGCACAAAAGCUUGGCAGUACUGAAGCCAGCAUGUUGGCAGGGACUUGAUUUUUGUAUUGAAGCAAUUCUCCUACAUGAGACAACAGAAAUUUAAAUUCAGUCAUUUGUACUUUAUGGAGAAGAUCCAAAACUUACACUACAAAGAAUUUUCCCAACAAUGGUUCUCAAGUCUUCAAGUGGUAUUGCCAACUGUGAUCCACAUAGAAAAAAAUUAAGAGAGCCCUUUUAAUUUGUGAAAACUUGAGGUGUACUGUAUAGAACAUUUUAAGAAACUAGUGUAUAUAUAAUUUUAAAUUUCCUCAAGACAGGCCUGAAAAUCCAGACAGACCUUUCAUCAAAUUGUCUUGAGAACUUUAAAUUAUUUAAUGAGAGCAGACCUGUGAAGUGGUCUUAAAGGUUAUUUUUGCUGUUUAGUGUAACUGACUAAUUACUAAGGAAUAUGUUAACAACUAAAACGUUUGUAGUAAACAGUAAAUUUUUGUUCCAUUCUUACGAGUAAAAAAAAAAUUUUUUUUUUUUAAAUUUUAUUUUCUGCAAGACAAUAAGCUCACGAUGUUUUUGCACUCCACUAAUAAGUAACAAAAUUAUUUGCACUCCACUAAUAAGUAACAAAAUUAUUAACUUUCAUUUACUGGGACUUUGUUAGCAAGGGAAAAAACAAAGAAGUGGGCAUCUGGAUCAGGAAAAUAAGAGGGUAAUGUAUUUUAGGGAAGCAAUAAGGGAAUGACAGUUCAAAUUGGUACCUCCGAGAGAGAAAAAAAAUUUACUUGCAUUGUGAUGAAGUAAACUGGUGCUGUAUAUAGGACAGAGAAUUUGUAAAUGUGUCAAUUACAAAACAACAUUUUGAAAAUUUCGCUAUGAAUUGAAGUACGUAAUACUAAAAAUUCAUGUUGGCAGAAUUGGUCAGUUGAAGAAUAAAACUCACAUAUUUAGGCAGAUUGUUUGUAAAGUUCAAAAGAGGCAGAGCAUUCAUACAAUAAAUAUUUUGCUAACCAUACUUAAGAAUAAAUUCUCAGUGCAAGUGUAACCAUUGACUUUGUUAGGAAUUUCUUAACUCAAAGGGAGGUACUGAUAGUUGUGUAUUUCAAGAAAGUUAUAAGGAAGUAUUUGCUGUAAAUAUUUGUCUUGUUCAUUUACUCUGGCUAUUGUACAUUAGAAUUAUUGUCUUAAAAUAAAUCAUUGGGAUUUACUUUUCCUGUGACAUUUGCAAAUAAUUUCUGCCACUUGGAUAGCAUUGAAAGUUACCUUUACUGUCGUUAUUUGGUGGAGUUUGUGUUUUGAAGAUGAUUUUGAUACUAUUUUAGCAUGAGACAGUCUGGGAAGAGGUAAGUUUCUUUCAUUCAAGGUGCAGCACGGAUUUCAACACCAUGUGUGUAGAAAUAGUUUUUUGACUACCUGUAAUACAUUAAAAAAAGGGUACUUUUGUUUUAACUGUUUUAUUUAGUUUGGAGCGAUGGAAUCCAAAUGAGAUGACUUCAUAUCAGUCACCUAGGAAUUUGCUUCAAAACAAAAGGUAUUGUCAAGUCUGACUGUAGGAGGUAUUAAAUAUUCUGUCAAGUUUUGCUGAAACCCUGAUGCUGUGAAGUACAAUUGUGUACCAGAUCAGUUUUCAUGCAUAGUUACAAUGUUAAUGCCUAUGCAACUUUAUUGAACUUGAAAGGUCAGUGUAGCAAGGUUAGUGUUGAUACUUGUAGUAUGUGUUACCAUGCACUCUGCUUAGACAUAUUUGAAAAUAUUGCAGAAGCCUUUCCAAGUAAAGGAAAUGAAUCUUCAGUCAUUGGUUCCCGGUUAAUGAACUUUUAAGAGUUGUUCGACAACUUAAUCUUCAUUUUAUUUUUAAAUAUUCAUUAUAGAAAGCUGGAAGAAAUUGCUCUAAUUUGUCUUCAGGUGUGAAAUGGUAGUCCAUAUCUGCAGUUAUCUGUGUAUAGUUAUGUAGAGAUAUCCAGUUUUUUGAACCAAAGUUAGUUGGUACAAACAAAUUGAUCAGGGUAGGGCACUUGGUGUAUCAAGUAUAGAUUGUGCUUCCUGAUUUGUGCCAGCAUGUAUUAGGUAUGACUGCUGAAUGUAAAAUGUAUGUUAAUUUGUAUUCUCACCAAUAAGGUGAAGGGCAAGGGAUAUUUUUUACCCUGUUCUAAUUGUGACUAUAAUUUAAAACGGAACAAAUCUUAGUUUUAUAACCCUUUAAUCUCAUUAGUUUUGUAUAUAGCUAAUUAUUUUCUAGAUCGAUCAAAUAUCGUGCUUUUUGUCAUAACUGUAACGAUCAAAAAAGCAGAUUUACUUCAAAUUAUUUCAAUUUCAUGUUUGUAGGCACACUUAACUAGGCACUCUUUGUUCCCCUUCAUUGCAUUUACGUUUUGUUGGUAUCUUUUAUUAUUUUAUGUAAAGUUUUAAGCUGUAUGUAGGUAUUUUUGUGUUAAAAAUAUGGCUUUAAUUUCUGCCCCUAUAUGUUUGUAUAUUACGUUUCAUUAAGCUCUAAUUGUACCUUAUAUACAAAAUGGGUUAAAAUGUGUUGGCCUGAAUUUCAUUUCAUUGUAGCAUUUUGGGAUGCUUUUAACUAUAUGUAAUGUCAAUAGAAUCCUGCUUUUGAUUUUUUGUAGUGCAGUCCAAUUAGUGCCUGUACAGUACAGUAUUUACUGCUUCAUUGUAUAAUUCACCCCAUAGAGUUCUUUGUUUCUCUUCAAUGUUAUCAUACUUAUGAAAUGCAAAUAGUAACCACAUUCUUACUUAAAAGCAGGACCCAAAACUAAAGAACUGGCACUACAGAAAUGCAUACUAUACUGUUUGUUGGUUAAAUCUACUUUGCACAGUAUGAUCUUGCAUGUUUUACCAGUAUGUAAGUUAAGUGUUAUAGCUUAUAGUGUAUCUUGAAUAGAAAAUAAGGUGCAUCCAUAUUUCAUUGCGUAGUUUUCAUGAAUGGCUAGGUCCAACACAUUGACCCACCAUAAAGUGAUAGUAUAGUUUAUCUAAUAGUAACUGUGAGUGUAGACUUUGUUUAAAACAAGUGGCUUUUUUUGCCCCCAUGCAUGUUUGCUCUGUUAAUGUGAAUGAAGGUUUGUUGGAGUUAGGGAACCUGUUAAGAUUUUUAGUGAAAGUAUGCAAAAAAUCUUGAGACCGGAUGAUUAUAAGAAGCAAAGUUUUUAAUGGGAGGUUUAGAAAAAUAAAUUCUGGUUAAAAGUGAAUGUGCACUUUGUGUUUUGGCCACAAGAAUGUCAGGAUAUCAGCCUCCUGAAAUACUUGAUAAUUUUGCUUGUUAUAAGACAGAAAAUGACUUGUUUCCCUGCGUUUUGAGAGGCUGUAACGGGUAUAUUAUUGCGGCCAGCUAAGAUUGGCGUUGCUUCUUAACAUUGCAUUAGAAAAUUUUAAAAACAAAGAUCAUUGUAGUUCUUUAAUUAAUUAACAUCGAAUGGUCUGCAGUAAGAUAUCAUAACCACCACUUAUCACCUGUGGAAAUAUUUUCAGUUUAUUCAUGUUAUAUUGCUUAAUGUUUACCGAGUGGAUUUCAAUAUCCAUGUACUCUCUUUUUUUUUCCUCAUCCUAGUCAUAUUGACUUAAACAUACAUUCUUAAUUUCACUUUGUUUCACAUUUGCUGUUUGAAGAGUCAGUUUGCAUCAUAGUAUAUAUUUUAAACUCGGGCCAGCUGUUUAGAUAGAUAGGUGCAUGCUUGGUACUGUGAUAUUUAUCAUAUGUAUCUGUGAUUCUGCUAUCAAAUCUAUAUUAUACUGACAGUUCAUUUGCAGUCCUUUCUUGUGACACUGUCGUAUGACAAUAAAAAGUAAAAAAAUAAAUCUUGCAGCUGCACCAUUUCUCUUUCUAGAUAGCUUGCUCAAACACUUUGUUUUUUUUCUUUUUUUGGAAUGUUCUUAAGCCAUAUUCAUUUACUAGGGACACGGUGGUAACCAAAUAUAUGAAAGCUUCUCACUUAUAGAGUUAUAUUAUACAAUAUAUUAUUCAUUAGGGGUUGAAACUUACUGUAACUUAUUUUAGGGUUGAAACUAUAACAUUUUAUUAAUAUUUGUCAAGGGUGGACUUGUACAAACUAAUUCCAUAGUUUUUCAUUUACUGUAAAACUAAUUACUUUAGUUUUUCCACUGACUGUGCUUGAACUAUUGGUUAAUGUGAUUGAAUUCAAAGCACAGCAUUUUUAGGCAGCUGUUUGAAAAAAAUUGGAGUGUGGAAAUAUGCAUAAUUAUUUAUGUGAAUUUGCUGCUGAAAUUUCAAAGAAAAUUGAAUAAAAGAUUUAAACAAA